UUUUUUUACAUGGUUUUGCUGGCAAAACCAGACAAGAGUGUUUCCUUGACUCUCAAGGGGCCUGUUUACACUGACUUUAUUUUUACUGCCAGCUUUCAAGUGGGAAGAGGAAGAUUAUAUUUAAAGGUCAGCAGAUGACAGACAGAUGCUCCCAAUUUGGAAAUGAGAGCUGGAGGGAAAAAAAAGGAAGGCCUGUCUCUGGUCUAUGUACACAUUCUCAAAGAAAUUUAGCACCAAGACUAACAUUCUUGGGAAACCAACCUGCAAGUGUCCUCCACUGAGGGACAAACCAAGACAUUGCUGCUCCAUUGAGGACUGACCAAGAAGCCAUGAAAUCCUUGACUGCAGGAGACUUGGAAGACUGCCUUAUGACUAAGGUGGGCGUGAGGCGCCAGCAGAUCUCCCAGAUUGUGGAGGAGGUGCAGAGGGUCGUCCACCAGCUGACCACAGAAAUCAGCCACCAAGACAUUCGAUUCCAGGCCGUCCCUUACUCUGACACGUACAAUGGGAACAUUAAGGUUUUGUCCCCCAGCCGGUUCCUGGUCACCGUCCCGGUGAAGGGCCUGGCCGGAUACAGGGAGGCGAGGGAGCAACGUUGGCGCUACUACACCCUACAGGGUACCAGGCUGUCCUGCCCCUUGCAGGACCCGGAGGGCCUGCAGCAGUGGCUGGAGGUGGAGCAGUUUAUGAAGAGCCUGUGGCAGUGGCAUGAGGCAGACGUGAACAUUGAGGGAGACAUUGUACCCGCCAAGGUCCUCCAGGUGUUCCGGAAGCUGGUAGAAAAUGCAAUUGGAACCUGUCAUCUCUCAGGUAAGGUCAGCAUGCUAACACACCACUCUGCAGUUUGGGUUGCCGUGGAAACAGCCACAUGGCAGGUGGAGCUAGAGCUGGUCCCCGCAGUGGAGAUCCCUACUGCCUGGUCUGAGAAAGCUCGGUGGCCUCCCUGUGUGAGGCGCUGGCCUUCCCGACAGAGAGUGGAGUGCAUCAAGUCAUUCGGGUUUGCCUUGCUGGCCCGUUCGCAGUAUCACUGGCAGCUGAGCUUCCUGCAGGCCGAGCAGGUGCUGUUGGCGCAGCUGGACGAGGACGGGGGCUGCCGCAUCAGGUGUCUCCAGGCCCUGAGGCAGAUGAAGGAGGACGUCUGGUGUCCGGGAAAGAGGCCGGUCAUCACGUCCCACCAUCUGCAGACCGUGCUUUUUUGGACUUGUGAGAAAUACCCACACUUGAAGGACUGGCAGGUCUUCAGCAAAGCCUUCCUGCGCCUGGUGAGGAAACUGCACAAGUGCGUGAGCCAGCACUUUCUGAAGCACUAUUUCGUGCGAAAGAGCAACCUCCUCCGGUCUGCCAACUCGGGCGACCUGGACGCCAUGGCCCAGAGACUGGCCCUCUUCCUGAAGAACCCCCAGAUCGGCCUGCCCUGA